ACAUUCAGCAUUUAAAUGCAUGUUCGUGUGGGAAAGCAAAUUUCACAAGCUACGAAAAAUGAAACACAAACAAGUAACGCUUUCAGAGCAAAUUCUUGCUUUGAAUAAUCCUACACCUGUAGAUGAUCCUAUUGAUUACUGGGAUGAAAACACUACAGCCAAAGUAGCAGAGUUUGAUGAGGGAGAUGAAGAAGAUACUAUUAAAAAGGCUCCUUCAGUUUUAAGAAGAAAGACUGCUCAUCAAUCGAUUGAGGAAGAUGGGAGAUACACGGGACUGAAGACCUCGAGGAAACAAUGGUCGUCAUCAGGACAAGGAGACAAUGAAUACAUCAGUGAAGAAGAUGAUGAACUGGAUGGAGAUGAGGAGGAUGACGAUGUUGAAGAUGCUGAGGAAGAUGACGAUGACCAAGACGAUGAUGAUGAUGACGCUGAGGAAGAUGACAAUGACCAAGAAGUUGAUAAUGAUGAAGAAGACGAACUCAUGACUCAACAGAUCAGAGAGAUGACUAGGAAGUUGAAAGGUAAAAGAGAGAAUGUCUCAAUGGAUGUUGAUGAGGAGAUCUCAGAUGAUUAUGAUGAAGUGGAUGACAAUGACGAUGAUGAUGAAGACGAGGACGAUGAUGAUGAAGAGGAUUAUGAUGAUGAAGAUGAGGAGGAAGAGGAGGAUGGAGGUAUCGAAGGCUUCUCCCAAAUAAAUACAUCAGAGGAGAUAGAGAAAGGAAAGGCAGUUCAGUCACAGCUAGGAUUAUGGGAUGGCUUCAUGGAAAGUCGUAUAAAACUUCAGAAGGCUCUUCACCUUUCUAACCAGCUCCCUCAAUGUCAGACGUUAGACAGGUUCUUAGAAGACGGGGAGGAGGACGGAGAUCUGCCGAUUAUUCUCAAGAAAAGUGAGAAAGAAUUGACUAGACUCAUGCAGUCUCUUGUCAGUCUCCAGGAUACAUUAUUACAGCAAAACCCAGAGACAGAGCACAUCAUCCAUGGAGAAACUCCUGGUAAUCAGUCUAUGAAUGCAAACAAAGGCGACGACGAUGACGAGGAGAUACCCAGCGACGACGAUGAGCCAAAGACGGUGUCGCCUGCCGUGGAGAGAAAAUCACUGAAGCGGAAACUGGAUCCCUCGGACUUUGAGGAGCACCUUGCCAAACAUCACAAGAACUUUGAAUCAUAUAGGAACAAUACAAUCCAAAAGUGGUACGAAAAGACGAGGUUGUCAACCGGAAAAUUAAAUAAAAAGUCUUUCAGCGGCUUUGAGAGGUCAGCACUGGUCCAAAUCCAGCAGAUUUUACAGGAUCAGAACCGAUUGGUGCAGAGGACGCAGCUUAAGAGGUCAGAGUACACAGUCUUAGGUCAAAGGUCACAGGUUUCAAAGAGAGAAGAGGAAAGCGAAGAUGGAGAGAAAAAAGAUGAAGACAUACCAGAACUAGCCAACCAACAUCUCAAGAACCAUGAUCCAGAGAUCUUUGAUGAUGAUGACUUCUACCAUCAGCUGCUGCGUGAAUUGAUAGAAAGAAGAACAAGUUCAACAACUGAUCCUAUACAACUAACCAGACAAUGGUUACAAGUGCAGAAGCUUAGAACGAAGGUUAAGAGACAGGUCGAUACCAAGGCGAGCAAAGGAAGAAAAGUCAGAUAUGACGUCCAUCAGAAGCUAGUUAGUUUUAUGGCACCAGUGGAUACAUCCACCAUGUUACAGGAGGCUAGGAUGGAACUUUUCAAAUCCAUCUUUGGGCAGAGCCUGACAGAGGAAGAAACAGCAAGAUAACAUUGACUUUGAGAGACACCCUAAGUUGCAUCUUUAUCGUGAAAUCGCUCGUUUCUUUUUUUCCCCGAGGAGAGACUGGCAGACAAUGGCAUACUCACCGCCAUGCAUCAUCAUCAUCAGUUCUUCCAUACUGUCAUUUUGGGUACUUGUGGGUGAUGUUUGACAAUAGAUUUGCAAUAUAAGCAGAUGAUAUGGGUCAAUAGACCAGUUUGUAGUUACUUCAUGGACAAUUUUGGUAAAAUGACCUUUCAUUUCUUUCACGAUAGGCAGAUUUCAAAGCAAGAUAUUACGUAAGCUUACCUUACAUAGCAGGAUGAAGAAAUUGAAUGGACCAGGUGACUAGAAUAGCACACCAAUGAACACUUUAUGAAGGUAUUUGUUGCAUUCCUACUUUGAAUGCAUAUCAUAGCAUGUUGCACAAUGUACUUGGCAAACUGUGAAAUACCAGUCGUUCGUGUACGAAUUGUUGUUUUUUGUGGAUGUACAUGUAAAUGAAAGCCACUAUUCAAAAGAAUAUAUGAAUAAUCAAGAUAUCAAAGUUGGUGCUUAUCUCAUUAGAUUUUAAACCACCAUGUCACUUUAGUACAAAUGACCUUCCUCUGAUCAUGCAUAGAAUCUUUUGAUCAUGCGCAGAGUGGAACUACGAACUGGCUUAUUGUCUGGUAUUUUUCAAUACACUGUCCCACAUGUGCUCAUCUGUGUUGGUGAUCUACAGUGUGAUUGUAUUCCAGCUUAGAUUUUCGGGAUUUCACAAAGUUCAGUUUAUGUAACUACCACAUCCACAAUGAUAUACUGUAGUUUAUCAUUCAUCUUGGGGUUUUACAGUCUUUCUUGUAAAAUAGGUGUUUAAACAACUCCACCCAAUUAUCUUUAAUCAGUGAUUUUCUUUAAGACUUAUUGCAAAUCCUUAGUAAGACAACAGCUUUCUGGGGCUUAACUUAUAUUUCUAUCAAUUGAUCCUUUUUUUUUAUUCCUCAGUUAAAUGUUUCUUUAAUUUAUGAAUCUCACUCGCAUUGCAUCCUAUAGGCCUCUAGGGAAAAAUUAAGUUGUGGACCUUCAAGUAAGAGUCUGUCUUUCAGGAUUGGUAGCUCAUAAAAUAAUAAAAACACACAAAUUUCAAAGCCCUUUGUUGUUUGUUGCAUUAGGUGUUAACAACGCAAAUAAUAAUGAUGCAAAUUACUACAGAAAGCUAAAGUUUAUAUCAUGUACUUAGUUUAUUUAUUUAUAGUGAUUAAAAUUGUUCACAUAUUUUACCAGACGUAGAUGAUAUACAUUGUUAUAUUUACCCAGUUGAUCAGGGCCCCGUCUUACAAAGAAUUGCGAUUGAUCCAAUCAACUACAACUAUGGAAAGCCAGCAAUGUCAUCUCAAAAGCAUGUUUGUGCAACAUAUUUUCUAGAUAUGAUGCCCAUUCAUAAAUCUAUAUUUUUCUUGAAAAUUCAGUGAUUAUCUUUGUUUACAAAAGGACAUUGUGCAAAUUUUCUGAGAAAAUUAUGACAUUGAUGGAUUUCCAUAUACUUCAGGUUUAUUGGAUCAAUCGUAACUCUUUGUAAGACGGGGCCUUAGUGUACUGUCUGGUAAUAAAUAUUAAGUAGACUAAGGGGGUUGUGCAAGAAAAUACUUGCGAUCAAUUGCAAAUUUCUAUUGCAAUUUUACAAUCGAUUCUAUCAAUUCUAUCAAUUUCAUCUUAAGAAAAUUAGAAUACAUUCCUUGUUGCAAGAGGAAGAUUAGCAAUCAAUUCGGUUGAUUCACAAUAUGGAGCGCCACCUAUCAGAUUCAGCGGACAGGCCGAAAUUUGGGUUUAUUUCCAAAUCGUCCAGUUGCCAACUCGUCUACUAUCAUUUGGUCUAAUUGGACGACUAACUGUUAAAUUGUGCAAAAUGAAUGAAAAUUAAUUGGAUAUUAGACCAACUGGUUAUGAGACGUAAUGGUGAUUAGACGAAGUGAUGAUUGGACCAAACGGUUGUUAGAGGAAAUGUUGUACAAAAUGGCAUUAGACUAAAUGAAAGUAGACCAUGUGGUGAGUGGACGAGUUGGCAGUAGACGAAUUGGCAAUUUACCAAAAUUCGCAUGCCUCAUGGGAAACUGUAGACAUUGAAAUUAAUCUCUGUGGUGCGCGCUGCAUGCAUGCGACUCGGACGGCUUGCAUAUGCUGUCGACCAGGGUCCAGGAAGAGAAAUUUGCUGCAUACUUCUUUGCGAAAUUUAAAGCGUUUGCUGCCUGUAAUGCCGACCCUAAAGUUAGAACUUGGCGCGUCCACCGCAACCGAUAGGGGGCGCACUGUAUUGUGAAUCCAGCGACUUGACAGACAUAAAUUGUAUAAAUGACUUGGAGACCACCAAAAGAUUUGCAAUUGAUCAAAAUUGUCUUGCAAAGCCCCUUUACAAAUACAAAUGAUUCAUAUACAGUACAUGUAUGCCGUGUUUCUUGAAUCUCGCCGAAUCAGCGAAAGCCUCGUACAAUAUGAAUGAAUGCCAUGAUCGACCUAAAACACAAUUUCCAUUUUCGCAUUACAAUUAGUUGUUUGUUGCAGAAUAAAUGUUUCAUAUAUUGUUAAAAACAUAACUGUA